UCCUGGCGUUCGGUAGUGUAUAUUUUCUUUAAAAAUCCUGCCAAACGGAUUAUAAAAAUAUACACAAUUGAUUAUAAAAAAAGAAAAUCGAAAGUGACAAAAGGCAGUUUCAACAUAACUUAGCACAAAUGUUACGUGAAAAUUGCAUUUUUAAAGCCCGUGAACCCGAUUAAAGUAAUAAUUGGAAAAAAAGAUAUCAAGUGUUUUUACGUAAAAGGAUAUCGAAGAGCAAACAGAGGAGAUUGAAUAAAACAACAUUUUGGAUAUAACUACUAUUUGUUUAAAUAAAAAAAUAAAUAAAUAAAAAUAGGAAACCAACAAGAAACGGUGUGUUUUUGGUCCUUGAACAAAAAAUGAUAUUGAUUGCUGGCGUGGAUAACUACAUAAAUGGAUCUGUUGAAGCAACAACUCUUGUUGGAGCACUUUUUGGACUUGUAGCAUUAAUGUUAGUAUUUUUCUUAUUUAUAAAUCGCAAAUGGUGUUUCCAUGCAUCAUCUCACGCAUUUCCUUGCUGUGACGACAACAAUAUUUCAUCUAAAUACGUUCAAAAACUUUCACGUAAACGACGCUAUGAAAACACAAGUUCAGAUUCUGAAGAAGAAAUUCUACGCAGAUUACGAUUACAGCAAUCACGGAGUAUUCCAAAUGGCCAAUAUACUGGAUAUGGCAUUAACCAUAUAAAUCCACUUGCACAGAAUUAUAAUUUUAGUGAUUUGCAACAUAUAACAGUUACACCUCGAGAUUCAUCUAAAGAUCCACUUGCUAUAGCUGAACGGGGUAAAGUAGGAAUACCCUCAUCGCACAGUGAAUGUAGUUCAAAUGAUUCAAUUGAAGCAUCAAUUGAUAGUAAUACAGGAAUUUUGACUGGAGAAAAGAAAGAUCGUUCACAAUUACCGCUCAAAAUAGUAGAAGGUAGUGUAUCAUCCAUCAAAGAGACUCGAAUAGACAAUCGCUCAAUAAUCGACAGACGUGCCAAUGCAAAUUCCACACGCUACAACAAAAUAUCUCCGACACAGCGCCAGGGAAGUUUAGAUGAUGUUCCCGAUUUAAAUUGUAACAACAACGAUGACUGUAUUGUUGUUUUAUCACAAGAACCACUUUUUGACACAAGCGAUCUAAGAUCAAUCAAAUCCGAAGAUCUUGCAUUGCAGAACCAAUGUUUUGGCAAAAGCGGUAGCAUCGAAAUAUCACUGCUUUAUGACGCACCAAUGCGAAAGAUGACAGUUCAUGUUCUGCAAGCUCGAGGAAUUCCAUCUCGAGAAAAUGGACAACAAACCCAUACUCAGAUCCGACUUCUUAUGCUUCCAAACAAGAAGCAAAAACAUAAGACUAAAAUUCGAUCCGGUGAGAGCCCCCAGUUUAUGGAAAGUUUUCUAUUGCAUCGUGUAAAUCCAGAGGAGGUGAAUUCAAUGGGACUGCGCAUCCGUUUGUACGGCUGUGAACGGAUGCGAAAAGAACGCCUUAUAGGUGAAGCAGUCGUUAGCUUUGCUGCAAUUGAUCUCGAAUUGGAGACCAAUUUGUGGUUACCCCUCGAACCGAGGAAUACAUCAUCGAUUGUUGGAUCAUCCAGUGAUCUUUUAAGUUUAGCAAGAUCCGAUAGUGCCGGCUCAACCACUUCAAUGCAACAUGGAGGUGUACCAGAGCUACUUUUAGGCUUAGCAUACAAUGGCACCACAGGCCGAUUAACAGUUGAAAUUGUGAAAGGCAGCCAUUUUCGUAGUUUAUCAAUGAAUAAAGCGCCUGACACAUAUGUUAAAUUAUGUCUAGUGAGCAGUAUAGGUCAAGAAAUAUCAAGAGCAAAGACAUCAACGAGGAGAGGUCAACCAAAUCCAUUGUUUAAGGAGACAUUUGUGUUUCAGGUGGCAUUAUUUCAACUUAACGAUGUUACGCUCAUGGUGUCUGUGUAUGCGAAGCGAAAUAUGAAACGCAACGAAAUGGUCGGUUGGUUUAGCUUAGGUCUAAACUCAUCUGGACCAGAGGAAGUGGCUCAUUGGUGUGAUGUGAGAGAAAUGGCCAAAGGAGAACUUCUCGCUCGAUGGCAUGUGCUAGUGGAUUCCUGAUUCGAAUAGCUAGGGCUCCCAUCUCGGCGUGGGAGCGGCAUAAGCCUUUUGGGAUUUGCAUCUAAGGACAAAGCGAAAUCGAAAAAAAUAUCACACGAUGGAGAUGAUUCUGUCGCAGUUGAUAUUGAGCAGGGAUAUGAGCUCAAUUUUGUUUAGGCUUAAAAAUUCAAAUUAAAAAAAAGAAAAUCAAAUUGAAUGAGUGGGAGCGAGAGGUACAAACACACGAUAAAACUGAAAAGAAAUCAAAAUCAAAUUUUUGAAUUUCUUUUACAGAUUUUUGUAUUCUUCUUACUUUUUUUCUCCCCCUAAGCCUUGUAUUUUGUUCUAACAAUCGAUGUAAUUGUAUUCUUUGUUAUUUUUGAACUUUGGAAUAAUUAUCACACUCGAAAUAAAAAGCUGAAGGCACGCACAGAUUAAUAUUUUAAGUUUUAUCUUAAUUGUAUUUUUUUGUUCUAUUUAAGAGCAUGUGAAUCAUAAGAAUAGGAAAUGAAAAAAUAUCAAUAUUUUAUACUUAAACAAAAGUUAGUACCAAAAGAGAAUAAAACAAAACAUAAAUAUUUAUAUGUAUACAACACUAAAAUCUAGAUAAACAAAUUAUAAAAAAAAUUAUAUAUAUUAACAUACGUAUUUGUGAUAAAUUAAAUUUAACCUAAAACUCAAAUAGAAAAAUUAAUUAAAACUUAAAAAAAAAGAAAAAAAGAAAACGCAUUAAUAAAAGCCAACUUAACAAGAAAAACAAACAAAAUGUCCAAAUUUGGACUCUACACACACAAAACACUAAUAAACUAACACACACUUUUUAGGAUAUUUAACAAUUUUUGAAAUUUUCUAAUUGUCUCUCACAAAUGAAAUGAGAAAAAGUAUUUGUAAUGGUCCAGAGUUUUCUUUUUCUGGUCCAAGUGCGUGGAAUUGUGACAUUUUGAUGGUGAAAUUUAUUUAUUAAUAAAUAAAUAAUUAUUUAUUUAAUUAUAAUUGAACGUCCAAAGAAAUAUUUUUG